AUUAAUAACAGAGAUAAUAUUCCAAUUUAAUUUGUGUUUUUGAGUACAGAUUUACAAUUUUGGCAACUAUAUUUACAAUAACAGGAAUCCUUAAUAAUGUUGUCCUUAGAGAACGAUGAUGAUGUAGUAGUGUGUCCAUACAAUCCCGCGCAUCGGUUGCUACGGAAACGGUUACAACCUCAUCUUAUCAAGUGUCGUGAAAAUUAUCCACAACUUCAACUUCAAAGAUGUCCAUUUAAUAAUACUCAUCACAUACCUGAACCAGAAUUCUGUCUUCAUGUUACAAACUGUCCGGAUCGAAAACUCAUAACACAAUAUAAAUACGAUGCAGCAGAACCAAAGGAAGAAGAACGUGUUUCUCAUGCACCGAUUGAAUGCGAAGAAAAUUGGGAUGAUACAGAAGUUGAUGAUUACGAUCCUCAGAAAUUCAUAAAGGAGAAAGAGGUUCUACGCCAACCCCUGGGAAUUGCUCCAGCAGAACGAAAAGAGUUUAUUAAAACGGAACGUAAACGUUUGGGCGAUGAAGAGAGUUACAGUGAAAGUGACGAUGAUUUUAAAGAUGAUAUUACUAAAAAAGAUGAGAACGAAGACUUAAGUUCAAUUAAGCGGAUACGCUCCAUUUCGCCGUCACCUCCGCGUCAGAGGGAACGAUCACGAAGUCGAUCGCCACAGUCUUCUGCUCACUACGAACGUACUCAUGUACGUGGUUCGCAUAUACCACCUCUUCAAAUACCACCGCGAAUUUCUUUUGGAUCUAGUAGCAACCGAUAUUCCAACGACCACAUCCAGCCAUUGCCAGGAGCAUAUGACAUUGAUGACGAUCCUUAUUAUAAUAGCGGCAAUGAUGCCUCUUUUCAGAUAGGCAAUUACAGCAGUAGUAACAGCAGCCACAAUCCUCCUUUUGUCGCUUAUCCUACUCGCAUGUCAUAUCAUAAUAACGACAAUGGUGCCUCUUAUCAGAUAAGCAAUUACAACAGUAGUAAUAGCAGCCACAAUCCUCCGUUUAUCGCUUAUCCUACUCGCAUGCCAUAUCAUAAUAACGACAAUGGUGCCUCUUAUCAGAUAAGCAAUUACAGCAGUAAUAGCAGCCGCAAUCCUCCACUUAUCGCUUAUCCUACUCGCAUGCCAUCUUAUGGGCGUGGUGCUUAUCGUGGGUACAAUAAUAGCCGCGGAAAUUCGUCACGUUAUAAUGAUCGUUAUUAAAUUUAUACCUGUAUAUAAUUUAAUUCGUCUAGACUGACGAGUAUUUACUAUAGAAUAUUUUAAAUUUUUUUCUUAAAAAAAUACUGUCAGAUACCACAAUAAUUCUACGCUUCUAUAGUUACCUUACCAUUAUGCAUAUUUUGACCUACAUUUUAUAGUAAUGUUAAUUUUUAACUGCUGUAAACAUGUUUAAUAAAUUUUAUUGUGCGCAUAUGUAUUUGUAGGUAGGUUUAUUAAGUUAAAGCUCAAAAAUUCCAAAUAUAAUACAGGUAAUUCAAAACGAAA